AUGAGUCAUUUACAAAGGGUGAUAUGUUUGGCAAUAACGGGAGCGGCAAGGUCAGCGCCACAAUUGGCUCUAGAAACGUUGUUAAACAUUCCACCUCUGGAACUUCAAAUACAAGCUGAAGCUCGUAUAACAGCACAUAGGUUCCAAAAACUCAUAAACAGAAAUGUUUAUUCCUGGAGGAAGGACCACUCAUCGAUUUUGAAAGAUCCCGUUGAAUAUGAGCCUUUCCUAGGAGCACCCGCGGAUCGAUGCCAUCCAAAAUACAUCUUCUCAAGAUCCUUCAAAGUAGAAAUACAAGAAGAAUCAACAGAUUAUGGUAAUAAUGGAAGUGGUGAUCCGCUCACUGUAAAGUGGUUCACUGAUGCGUCAGUGAACAAAUCUGGCUCCGGCUAUGGCAUCUACAAUGCCAACACUGGUGUCAGUCUAUGUGGAUAUCUCGGCAAGUUUACCGAAAUUACACAAGCUGAACUGGCGGCAAUUCUAAACUGUUGUGUAGAAAUUGCAAACGACAGAAGCAGCGAACCGAUUCAAAUUUUUACUGACAGCCUAGGAGCUCUGAAACUCCUAAGCAGACCUAAAAUCGAAUCAAAUUUGGUAAUGGACUGUGUACAAAUACUCGAAAGUAUUGCACGUACAAGAGAAAUUACUAUAAAAUGGACUCCUGCCCAUUCAUCCUCAGAAGGAAACGGCAUUGCAGAUGCACUCGCAAAAAAGGGAGCCACCGAAAUUGCCUUAGGACCCGAACCAUUCAUCUUUUCAAAUGAAAAGAGAUGUAGAGCUACAUGCGAGAAAUGGUUACAGGAAAAAAAGUGCUGA